UCGUAAUCUUCAUAUAUCGUAUUUCUUAGCGGUUUGAUGUGGCAACUUCGAACGACAAACAUUUUUAACGAAAACAUAAACUGCAGCCAACUUCAGUACUAUUGAAAAAAGCCGGAUAAAAUUGUACAUGGUAUUUUUUUUGUUAUUUUGUUAAAAUACACAAAUUAAGCAUUUAAAUAUAUAAUAAUCAUGGCAAAUGUCGAGUCUAUGAUCGUAGAGGAAAAACCACAAACCAAACAAAUUGACCGUGAGAAAACUUGUCCACUACUGCUGAGAGUAUUCUGUUCAACUGGAAGACAUCACUCGGUAUCUGAUUAUAUGUACAAUAAUGUUCCCACUAACGAACUACAAAUCUAUACUUGGAUGGAUGCUUCUUUGCAUGAGCUUACCUCCCUAGUACGCGAUGUCAAUCCUGAUACUCGUAAGAAGGGUACAUAUUUCGACUUUGCUAUAGUCUAUCCCAAUUAUCGCAAUAAUCAUUUUCAAAUGCGUGAGAUUGGCGUAACGUGUACAGGACAAAAGGGAGCUGACGACAAUAAAACGUUGGCACAAGCAAAGUUUUGUAUCGGAGAUUUUCUUGAUAUUUCUAUUACGCCUCCAAAUCGUUUACCCCCAAUUAGACGCCCACGUCCCUACUAAGGAAUCAUUUAACUACUAUAUAUUUACAUACAUAUUGUACAUCUUCAGUCCCACUACACUCACUUUAAAUCAAUAACUAGGAUACUUAAGUUUUUUGGUUUAUGUUUUAUUUGAUAUCAACAACUGCAUCCCGACAGUUUUUCUUAAAAUAUAAAAAAUGGUAAGAAUUUAAAUUCCUUAUUUUAUUAUAAUUUUUUAAUAAAAUCUAUAAUAAUAAAAGUAAAAUAUACACAACGUAAAUAUGUAA